GCCCGCGUGUGGUGGGGAAGGUAAAAACAGCCCCUUCUCCCUGUGGCCAUGGCGGGCAGGCCUGCUCCCGCCUGCGUGCUGGGCAUAGACCUGGGCACGACAUCGGUUAAGGCAGCCCUGUUGGUAGGGGCAGAGCAAGGGCAGGUGGUGGCAGCGAGCUGCUCCAGGGAGACACAGGCACACACCAGUAGCCUGGAAGCUGGACCACAGGGAAUGGAGCAGAAUGUCCGAAGAAUAAUAAGAGCAUUGAAUGAAUGCCUUGCUGCUCUACCUCAGCAGCAGCUUCAAAAAGUCACUCACAUUGGCAUUUCAGGACAAAUGCACGGGAUUGUAUUUUGGAAAAAAGAUAACGGUUGCAAAUGGACAGAGUGUGGCACAGGGCCUGCCUUUGAGCCGGAGGAGGUCAGUCAUCUCAUUACUUGGCAAGACGGCCGCUGCAGUCCUACCUUCCUCUCUUCUCUUCCUCUGCCACAGUCACAUAUCAGCUUGGCUACAGGAUUUGGCUGUGCCACAGUCUACUGGUAUUUAAAAAAGAGGUACGUUGUUUCUCAAAAGGGUUUCUGUAUCAGGCUGUUUCGCUGGCAGUUUCUCAUCUUGAAUUUAUCGCCGGUGGCGGUGCGGCCGCCCUCGGCUGCCAUUUUGGGUGCGGCGGAGCGGGUUGGGCGCUGGGCUGGUGCCGGCCAGUCUGUGAGGAGGGAGAGCCGCGAGCGGCGGGAGGGCUCCUCGCUUUUGGUUGUUUGUCGAAGUUCCGUCUGA